AUGUCCGUCGGCGACAGCGUCCAGCUGGCGUGCCGUGAUUCGCUGCUGCCGUUCCUGCAGCAGGAGGCGCGCGCAGCGGGCGCAGGGGGAAGCGGUGGCGGGGGAGGCGGGGCGGGGUCGGACGGGGGAGAGGUGAAGCUUCUGGAAGUGGACGAGUCGAUGCUGGCAGAGUUGCUGCGCGACGGCGAGAAUGUGGUUAUUCAAGACAAGAAGCCCCAAAAUGUGACAAUACCGAGGGUGGCUGCAGCAGCAGUUGCGUCCAGCCACCUGGAGGUUGUUCCCGUGGCGCCUAGGCUGGCCCGGCUGACCCACCUGCUGUCUGCAUGUGCUUAUAACGAGCGGGACGAGGAGGAGGAGUUGAGAGGGGGUGAAGGGGAGGGAGAGGAGGGAGAGGGAGGAGGGGAGGGAGGAGGUGGGAGGAGAGGGGAUGGUGGGAUGGGAGGAGGAGGAAUGUAUAAUGGAGUACGGAAGGGUGUAGGAGAGGGAGGUAAUGGGAAGACGGGGAGACGGAAAGGGUGCACGUGGCAGGAGCUGGUUGGUCGGGUGCAAGCAAGCGAGGAGGAGAUUCGAGCUGGUUUGGAGGCUGCUGGUGCCGUGAAGAUCGGUGACAUGUGGCGGGGAGUCGACCCUGCAUACCUCGCCUCGCUCCUCCACCUGCUGCUGCUGACGGCAGCAGCCAAUGACUGGCCGCCGCGUGCCAUUCCUGAGGCUGCUACCGUGGCUGCUAUGUGCGGGGAAGGGGGGAAGGGGGAAGGGGGGAAAACGGAAGGGGGAGAGAGGAUGAGGGGAGAACGUGAAGGGGAAGAGGGGGAAGGGGAGAGAAGGGAGGGUCCGAGGGCAGAGCUGGUGAGGCACUGUCUGAAGGUGUUUGGCACCGGCAGCCGCCUUUCUGUUUUCAUGCAUGCAUGGGCGAAGCAGGUGCUUCCCACUCUGCCCCAUGCCCGCACCAUCGCUUGCAUGACAAUCCUCUCCCCCAGGCUAUCGUUGGCGCCUCUCUGCAUUCGUGAAAGCAUGCGCGAAAAAGACACUCGCUGGCGCCUCUCUGCUUUCAUGGAGGCAUGGGCAAAAAGUCACUCGCUGGCGCCUCUCUGCUUUCAUGGAGGCAUGGGCAAAAAAGGCACGCGCUGGCGCCUCUCUUCUUUCAUGGAAGCAUGGGCAAAGAAGGUCCCACCCGCCAUGGCCCAAUCGCUGGACGCCACAUGGCUGAGAGGCCUGGCAGUCCUGCAGCACGUGGGAGGACCAGCAGCAGCAGCGGCGGCAGCAGCAGCAGCAGCGACCGUAGCAGGGAAGACGGAGGAGGAACAGGAGUGUGAGCCGUUGGGAGGGGCGCAGAGCACGUGGCUGCGCUUCCUGCCGAGUGACCAGCUGCCAGCCACAGCAGAGCACCGCUUCCAGGCGCUGUUUAACGUGCAGCCCAUGUGGGCUUUAGGGGAUCUUGAACCCUACCUCAUGUACGUACCUCAGGCAUGUGGGGCAGAUAUUGUGGGGCAGGAGGGGCAGGUGGGACAGGUGGGCAGGAGGGGCAGGUGGGCAGGGGGGGCAUGUCGGGCAGGUGGGACAGGUGGGCAGGAGGGGCAGGUGGGCAGGGGGGGCAUGUCGGGCAGGUGGGACAGGUGGGCAGGAGGGGCAGGUGGGCAGGGGGGGCAUGUCGGGCAGGAGGGGCAGGUGGGCAGGAGGGGCAGGUGGGCAGGGGGGGCAUGUCGGGCAGGAGGGGCAGGUGGGCAGGAGGGGCAGGUGGGCAGGAGGGGCAGGUGGGCAGGAGGGGCACAGAGCACGUGGCUGCACUUUCUGCCGAGUGACCAGCUGCCAGCCACGGCAGAGCACCGCUUCCAGGCACUGUUCAGCAUGCAGCUCAUGUGGACGCUGGGAGAUUUGGAGCCUUAUCUCGUGUAA